AUGAGUCUUGAGCCCGACUACAACCCUGACUUCAACCUGGGCAUGAGAACAGAAGUGCAACAGCUAAACCAAGUUCUAAUGAGUUCAAGUACAGGUAUGGGCUUUAUUAUGUUGCUAAGCGGAGAACCCGGUGUUGGUAAAACAUUGACAGCGGAAUCCGUUGCCGAGGAGAUGCGUCAGCCAUUGUACAUAAUGAGUGCAAGCGAACUUGGCGAGACAGCAGUGGAGGUAGAAGAGGCUCUCGAACAAGUCCUUGAGCUGACUAGUAAAUGGAAUGCUAUUCUACUGCUUGACGAGUGCGACAUGUUCCUCGAGGCUCGCUCGACUAGUGACAUCCGCCGCAACCGACUCGUCUCGAUCUUCCUUAGACAGAUUGAAUAUUACCGAGGCGUUAUGUUUCUCACGAGCAACCGCAUUAGUGAUUUCGACCCUGCCUUUGAAUCGCGAAUCCAUCUCACCAUCCAUUAUCCUGCCCUGGAUAUACAGAGCAGGCUCCAUGUUUGGAAGACCUUUAUUCAGAUAGGACAUCUGGAAACCAAAAUACGGGACAAAGACCUCAAAGCUCUGGCAAAGCUUGAGCUCAAUGGGAGGCAGAUUAAGAAUAUCGUUAAAACGGCCCGCUUGCUAUGCAAGCAGGAGAGGGUACCCUUGGCAAUGGAGCAUAUUCAGAUGGUGCUCCAAGUGAAGAAAGGAUCUUUGCUUUGA